ACAAAAAUGACAGAUAACAUUAUCUAUAAUCACGGUUUCAUAUUUUUAUUACUAAAUUUUCAAAAUCAUUAAAAUCAAUUAUAUUUUAAGGGCUUAAACUUGCAGUUAUUUGGAUGUGUAAAUAACUACUGAUCAACGAGUAGUGUCAAGUCACUGAGUCCAACUUUUCUAAGCCAUGUCGAAGUACAAUGCCAGUAAGUUGCGACAAAUGAAACAAGGAGUUGAAAAAAUUCAACAUGGUAAGUUGAAGACAAACAUACCGGCCGGCAUGGCCACACCAGGCCCUCCUCUCGGGCCCAUGUUGGGUUGUAGGGGCAUCAACAUUACGACGUUCUGUAAGGACUUCAAUGAGAAGACCAAAGACAUUAAAGAUGGCAUACCUCUACCGACUCGGGUACACGUCAAUCCAGACCGAAGCUAUCAGAUAUCAAUAACAAAACCUCCAUCCAUGUUUUAUCUAAAACAAGCUGCAGGCAUACAAAAAGGAGCCAUAAACCCUUUGAAAGAGACGGCCGGAAUGGUUACUCUUAAACACGUGUAUGAAAUAGCUUUAAUAAAGCAGACUGAUGAGAACUUAGAAUUUAGAAGUCUAAAAGAUAUAUGUGACAUGUUAAUUUCUACUGCCAGAUCUUUGGGUAUCAAAGUAGUUAAAGAAUUGAAUGCAGAGGAGUAUCAACAAUUUUUAGAAGAACGAAAAAUUGUGUUAGAAGAAAGAAAACGAGAAUUACAAGAACUGAAAGAAGCAAAAAUGUUAAGAACAUCAUAAAUAAUGAGUUAAUCAUCAUUGUUAGAAGUAGGUAUCAAUAAAAAUUAGUUUUAUACAAUA